UCCGCGCUUUAGUCGUAUUUGAACGUAGCUAAGAGGAACACAGAAGAUACGAUGAACAACCUUAUCAAGUGGUGCUGCUUUCUGUGCCUGGCACUGAUUCACCGGGCGGAAUCAGCAGGGUCGCAGACUAGAUUUAACGUGAGCUUCUCCCAGUUGGAGUCCUGCGAGACUUACAUGGUUCCAAUAGGAUACGGAUACCGGAACUUCUUCAUGGUCCACACCCUGAGUAACAACAACAUAAAGGCCGGUCAGCGGUUACACUUGAAGUUUUACGUUAUGACCUCCAUGGAUGCCCACAUCCUGCUCUCGGUUACGAAUCGUCUGCGGCCAAAUGAUCGCGUUUACGAGAUUGUGAUAGGCGCCGGCGGAAAUACGUUUUCCGCUAUCCGUACCGCCAUGGGAUUGCGGCGUGUGGCCACGAAUCACGAUCGUAACUUGGUAUCUCUGUACGAGCCAACGCCAAUUGAGAUUGUCCAGACCCAGAAUGGCGAGCUGUUUGUUUACAUACCCGGCUUCAAGGAGGAGCCCCUGCUGCAGUUCAUCGAUGAAUCGCCGCUGACCAUCAACUAUAUCAGUUUCAGCUCCUUUGGCACCAACACAGCGCGGUGGUUCUACGAUUGCGACUUCGAUGGUUAUGGCAAGGAAAUAGAUCCGGAUAAGCCUAAGCCAACGGUGGCUCAAAAACUGCUGAACCAAAUCAAUUUCCAGGCGGAGAAUGCCAGCCUGCCUGCAAAUCUCAGCUCCAUACUGUUCCACUUCCAGAUGAAGUCCAUUGCCUACGAACAAACCAAUUCCUUGCUCCGGACCCGCAUGCACAUGAUGAUGCACUGGCAGGACACUCGACUUAGCUGGAAGCCCGCCGAAUUCGAUAAUCUGAAGUCCUUUGAGCAUCCCGACCUGCGGAUAUGGACGCCGACCAUGAACGCACUGAACGGUGCGCUAGACUCUAUGGGUCAGGUCCUCAGAUCCUUCGAGCUGAGGGUGUACGCCAACGGAAACAUCACCCUGUAUGCCCACGACCUGCAGCUGACCAGUUGGUGUGUGGACAGUGCCCGAAACUGGCCGAACGAGCGUGUGACUUGUGACAUCGAGCUGGGCCUGAUUAGUCAGCAGGGGCAGGGGCAGGGGAACGUGGCGCUAAUCUACGAUCAGCAGCAGCAGCCCAUUGCGCCCAAUGAGCACGUGAACACGCCAUCCGGCUGGACAUUCAAAGAGAUGUCCGUGGUGCCGGUGGGCAACGAUUCAGCGAGACGAUAUACCCCCAAAGGCAUGCUCCAAACGGUGGCCGGCGAUGUGGCCAUCGAGGCCACACUGCAGCGGAACAGGAGCUUCUACAUGACCGUCUUCUAUCUGCCGCUGAUUGCCUGCCAGAUGUUCCUGAUAAUGUCGUUUGUGUUGCGUUCUACCCGCAGAAGUGCCCUUAUCCUCAUCACCCUGCUGAUAACUGCCUGGGGUCUUAUGUACAUGACACGCCACGCCUCGCCACACUAUGUGCCGCCCCUAAUGACGGCGUACAAGAUUGUAAUGAUGGCCAGCAGCUAUUGCUACAUUUUGCACAUUUGUAUAAUUUGGCUGGAAUUGUACCCACCCAGGACGAAGGCUCCAGACUGCUUGGUUGCCGUGUUAAACUCGAAUAUCCUGCGAUGUGUUUUAGGGUUGAGAUUUACGGACUCCAGCGACUAUUGUGAAAUUCAAGAGAAGCCCUGGCCCCAACUCGCCAAGAUCCUGAACAACCUGAGUUCCAUUGCGGUCAUCGUCACCUUCGGCAUCAUUAACAUAACAAGUGGAAUUUGAAAAAUAGAAUUUUUCCUUUAUUUUGCCUUUGAGAGAAUAUUAAUGGUUUCUUAAAUAAAUAAGAAGUGUACAGAGA